AUGGCGUCCCAGAAGCCCUUCCUCCAGGCCGUCAAGGAGCGCCGCACCUACUACCAGCUCAACAAGGAGGCUCCCAUCUCCGACGCCGCCAUCACCGACAUCGUCAAGCAGGCCGUCACGCACGUGCCCUCGUCCUUCAACUCGCAGUCGGCCCGCCUCGUCGUGCUGCUCAACAAGGAGCACGACACCUUCUGGGACAUGGUGCUCGAGGUGCUGAAGCCCAUGGUGCCCGCGGAGCAGUUCCCGCAGACGGAGCAGCGCGUCGGCGGCUUCAGGAAGGCGUAUGGAACGAUCCUCUUCUUCGAAGACCCGGCCCCCGUCGAAGCCCUGCGCAAAGCGUUCCCCAUCUACGCGCACCACUUCGGCGACUGGAGCGAGCACACAUCCGCCAUGCACCAGUUCGCGCUGUGGGUCGCGCUGGAGGCCGAGGGCUUCGGCGCCAACCUGCAGCACUAUAACCCGCUCGUCGACCAGAAGGCCCAGGAGCAUUGGGGCGUCCCGCUCGAGUGGAAGCUCAGGGCGCAGCUGGUGUUUGGGGGGCGCGCGGGCGAGCCCGGGGAGAAGGAGGUCAAGCCGCUGGAGGAGAGGGUGUUUGUGCAUGGGGCGAAGGAGUAG